UCUUUGUAUGUGGUGCAUUAGACUUCAUAAAUAUGGAAUCGUGAAAAAUAUAACCAUCUUAAACAGGUCAAGGCAGAGCAGGAUAGAUUGCAUUGAGCCCGGAGCUCUGUGUGUAUGCGUCUCUCAUGCACUGUGCCUUAAGUCACUGGAUAUAUUACACAGCCUUCAUCUGACUGCACAAUACAAGCCGUGCUGUAAAUCAAGGGUUUCCAUGACAGCAUGUCCUUCCUUUUCCUGAAGCAUGUGUUAGAGAGGCGCUCGCUCACUGGUGUGACUUUAUGUGGCCGCUCACUCACACACAUGCAAUCAGAAAGUCUAUCGCUGAUUUAAUCACUUCUGAGUGACUGCGCAAUAAGAAGAGAUAAGGAUGUGAUAGACAGAACGUGUGAACUGAGCAAUCACUCAUCCCAGGCUGUUAAAGUGUCCGUGACUGCCCACCGUCGCUUUCAAGCCCUCUGUGUGACUGUCUUUCAGGCAGGCUGGUCCCCAGGCCUGAUAUUUGAUCUGUUAACAGCUGGACCUUCAGUGGUAGAAGCAGCAAACAGGACAGGAGGAGCAAGUGUAGUGACAAGGGGAAGUCAAACACAUGUCUUUCCUGCCCUGCACAUGGCCACAGCCUGGAGACCCUGCAUGAACUGAUCACUUGGCAAAGGCUCCCAGCGCCUCUCCCUGGAGAGACCACAUUGCUGACUCGCAGCCAGAAAACAGUAUUUGUGGAGCAGAGUCCCAGUAACCAGACAUCAUUGGCUAUGAUGCAGGAGCCCCAGGAGGUUGUGGAGGAGACUGUAACCAUAGAGGAAGACCCCGGCACACCCACCUCUCAUGUUUCUGUGGUUACCUCAGAUGAUGGGACUACACGCCGUACAGAGACUAAGGACAAUGUGACUAAUAUGAAGGUGACCAAGGUGGUUAAAAGCAUCACACACCAAACCUUCCGGCCAGUGAUCCUGACAGAGUCCAAACCAUCUCCAUCUACAGCAACACCAUCUGAAACAAAACCAGUCACUAAGAUGGUCAAGACAGUGACAACACGGACAGUUCGACAGGUGCCACUGGGUCCCGAUGGCCUUCCUCUUCCAGAGGGCUCGUCUCCACUGGGAAGCUACACUGACUCCAUUGACCGGCGCUACAUGAAGAAUGGCGAGCGCUUCAUCACACCCCAGGCCACUUCCACCCUCACACGCUCAUACAACAAUUACAGCGACUCCUACAAUGAUGCUCCAGACAGUCAGUUUCGUCAUUACACCCUUCACGAUGGAUACGGAGACAUGGCCGACAACUAUGGAAGUCUGUCUCGUGGAGUCAAUUAUAGGCCCUAUCGGCCCUACAUGCCCACUGGUGGAUACCGGCCGGAGAACAGCUACACUCUCCCCAUCCGCAAGGACGACUAUGGCCACGUGGCCCAGCCUCAAGUCCCGAUGGGAAGUAGCACUAUGGAUCUCAAUCGUUCUCAGCCUGAGCGCUUCCAACCCGAACCCUACGGCCUGGAAGACGACCGCCGCAGUCUAGGCCCAGAUGACGAAGAGCCUUAUGACCUAGAGCCUGAUUAUUCCACGGCUAACCGCCGCACACUGCCCGGACGUACCAUUCGAGAGCCAUUGCGCAACGGCCCCCGCAUGAGAGGCUAUGAGGACCCCAUAGAGACUGAAUUAAUCGAUGAAAGACACCCCUACAUUCAUGGCAUGUACCCAGCACCUCUUGCCCAGCCUGAAAGGGGCAGCUUGGCCAGUCUAGACCGCAUGGGCGGACGACGCUCCCCUUCGAUUGACAGCAUCCGCAAAGACCCGCGCUGGAGGGACCCCGACCUGCCUGAGGUCAUCGCCAUGCUAGGCCACCCCAUCGAUCCAGUCAAAUCCAAUGCAGCCGCCUACUUGCAGCAUCUUUGCUAUGAAAACGACAAAAUAAAGAAAGAUGUUAGGCAGCUGAAGGGGAUUCCAGUGCUUGUGGGCUUGCUGGACCACCCUAAAGCAGAAGUCCAUCGCAAGGCCUGCGGAGCUUUGAGAAACAUCUCCUAUGGCAAGGACCAUGAUAACAAGGUGGCCAUCAAGAGCUGUGAUGGGAUUCCUGCUCUCAUACGUCUGCUGAGGAAAACCAAUGACAUGGAAGUUCGGGAACUUAUCACAGGAACACUUUGGAACUUGUCCUCCUAUGAGCCACUGAAGAUGGUGAUAAUUAACCACGGGCUACAGACGAUGACUAACGAGGUCAUUAUCCCUCAUUCGGGCUGGGAACAUGAGCCGAAUGAGGACUCAAAGCCACGAGAUGCAGAGUGGACCACAGUCUUCAAGAACACAUCAGGAUGUUUAAGGAAUGUGAGCUCUGAUGGUGCAGAGGCACGCAGACGGUUAAGAGAGUGUGAGGGGCUGGUGGAUGCCUUGCUGCAUGCACUGCAAUCUGCUGUGGGAAAGAAGGACAUGGACAACAAAUCUGUGGAGAAUUGUGUUUGCGUCAUGAGGAACCUGUCUUACCACGUGCACAAGGAGAUUCCAGGGGCUGAGAAGUUCCAGGACCCCUCAGCUCUUCAGGGCCCUGGCUCUGCUGGCACUCAGAGGAAGAAGAAAGAUGACGCAGGCUGCUUCGGUGGAAAGAAGGCCAAAGAGGAAUGGUUUAAUCAAGGGAGGAAAAAUGGAGAGCAUGACAAAAACUAUGACACAUUGGACCUACCCAAGCGCACAGAACCCACUAAAGGUUUUGAAUUACUGUAUCAGCCGGAGGUGGUCCGACUCUACCUGUCCCUGCUUACAGAAAGCCAGAACUUUAACACGCUAGAAGCAGCGGCUGGAGCUCUACAGAACCUCAGCGCUGGACAGUGGACAUGGUCGAACUAUAUCCGGGCGACAGUGCGUAAGGAGAAAGGACUGCCAAUCCUCGUCGAGCUCUUGCGUUCAGACUCAGACAAGGUGGUGCGAGCUGUGGCCAUCGCUCUGAGGAACCUGUCCAUCGACCGCCGCAACAAAGACCUAAUAGGGAGUUACGCCAUGAGGGACUUGGUCAGCAACUUGCCCAGCGGACAGCAGAGGCCAGCCAAGAACCUGGAGGAGGACACAGUGGUGGCCAUCCUCAACACCAUCCAUGAAAUCAUCAUUGACAGCUCUGAGAACGCUCGCUCUCUCAUUACUGCUCAAGCAAUCGACAAACUAGUGGCCAUCAACAGGACCAGCCAGUCAGCAAGGGAAACCAAAGCUGCUUCACAUGUACUACAGACGGUUUGGAGCUAUAAGGAGCUGAGAAAUGCCCUGACCAAGGAUGGCUGGAAUAAAACACACUUCCAACCGAUACCGACUGGCACUCCCAAAGGAUCUAGGAGUUGCAAGCCUGGCUAUGACGAUACUACACUCCCCUUAAUGGAGAAGAACCAAGGCAACAGAGGCUGUAGCGGUGGGGAUAUGAUACCUAUGGGUGAACUCGGUCCAGAUGGCUAUUCGACGAUUGACCAGAGAGACAAAGAGUCCAAGUAUAAAAGCAGCGACGUCUCAUCGGAUCUGCAGGAGCGGGAGCCGUUAAAGAAUGACACAAAUAGGAAACACUAUAUCAGGAGCAACAGGCCGACUGUCAGUCUGGUGGAUGCUUGUGAUGUUAAACCUCAGCCUGUUGACUCCUGGGUCUAAAUGCAUGCAUGGCUUAGCUAGCAACAGCGCCACAUCUUACCACGCAAGGAUUUCACGUCACCACUGCCAUUAACCGCAGACCUCACCGUGAUGUGGACUCAUCUGAAGACUUUUGCCUAAAGAGCGAGAGAAAAACACAAACUUUCAUUCAACAGCCAAUAUUUUGAGAUUUCUCAACAAGUGAAAAGAAAAGAAAAAACACAAUUUGAAAAAGUAAAAAAAAAAAAUAAUUUCUCAUAUGUACAUUCCCACUGGACGUAGUGUACCCAGAACUGAGGAUUUGCCGUCACGGAGCCAGAAGGAUGGAUUGAUUUGAGUGUACAGGAAGUGCUGUCAUGGACGUGGACGUGUAUUGGAAAGAAUUGGAUUGAGGGUAAAAGGAAAUAAGAAAAAAAAAACUAUUUUUAUGUCAAAACAAAAAAAUAUAUAAUUUUUGCCUAUAUUAUUUUUGUUAUACGUUUCUGCCUGAUUACUGAUUGUUUUGUGGAUUUGUUUUCCCCAGAAGUGCAGUGAAUUGUGAAUUUUGUUUUGUUUUCAUUUUGUAGAGUUUUAAUGAAAGUUUGGGUUUUCUAAAAUAAUUGAGGACAUUUGUGAAAAGAGGAAAAAGAAUGCUUUUUUUGUUGUUGUUGAUGUUGAUGUUCAUUACAACGGUGUGGGGGCACAUACAAAGUCUAUAUUGAAAUGCACGCUUUCGCAGUUUCUGUGUGCUGGCUUUAUAAAGCAACUUUAAAGACAUAUUAUCACUGUGUUUGUUUCUUAUCAUUUAAAAAGCAGGGAUUCACCUGCUUGCAUUGACAUCUGCUCAUAGUGGAGCUGAAAGGAGGAGAGCUGCUGUGCUUUCAGCUGGAUUUGGUCUGCUGAUCUUGUAUUCCCCUUGACAUGUCGAGCUGUAGAGGCAUGCUGGGUAACACUGGCACUUACCAACUAUUGCUUUGGUUUAUUUAAAAGGGGUAAUGAGGAAAAAAAAAAUAUAUUUGUUAAUAUGUAGAUUGUGUUAUGAGGGAUGGUGGGGGAUUCACUUGCUCCUGUUGUCAUAAAAGUAGAUUUUAAAAGCAUUUUAUAUUUUUGUUGUUUUAUAAAUGUAUAUUAGGUUACAAAUAUUAAAAAGCGGGCAAAAAGGUCACAAACAUCUUUAAAACACUGAUAGAUCUGAAUCCAUAACAGAUUGUUCAGAGCACAUUAAGUAUUCCAUACACAAAGCAUAGCCAUGUUUGUAUAAAAAUUAAUAAAAAUAUAAUAAACAGAUCAUUGCUUUAGUUAAAUGUGUAUCAAAGGCUGUAGAGUCAUUCUCAUUGUCUUAUUUAUGUUUUAUAUUUACACCUUGUUUUGUAAAAUGGAAGCAUUUAUUAUCAGUGUUAUUUUUUUUCAGUAGUUCAAAAUUAUCUGAUUGGUUGGCAAAAUUAAAAAGGAAAGACCAGAAUUAAUUUUAAAAGAGAAAUCAGGGAUAGAUAUUUCCUUUCCUUUUCACAUCAAAAAUGUAUCUCUCGAGUAUAACAAAUUAACAUCACAAUUGUGGAUACGCAAAUGUUCCCACUGUCAGUGUAAAGACGAAUAAGUGUACCGACAAAUUAUUUUAUUUUUAUUCCAGAGUUUUCUGAUAAUGUGUAAUAUGCAGCACACACCUGCUUUAUCAUCUGAUUUCUGUCAUGUAACUCUAUAUCUAACCCUCUAUAGCAAGGUUUUUUUUAUUGUUUUAACAGAGACUCCUAAUAACAAAAUAACAGUGUAAUAAUUACAUUUUUAAAGAGGAAAUGAUGUGUACGUUCACGUCGAGAUCUUUAGCCUUGUGUAGGUAGGUUGAUUAUUAAUAUUUGACUGUCUGUUCCUGACUGCCUUUUUGCAGAAUACAACCAAAGGAUUUUGGUACAGUGUAGAACAAGAGGUUCCCAGAGUGUGAAUUUGCAUCAGAUUGUAUAUUUAUAGAAAAACAGAUGUUGAAAUGGAUUCAAGAGAAACCUACCUUUGUUGAUAUCACUAAUUCAAAGCAUCAAAACUCAGUACAUGUACAACUUGGUAGCAGAUGUGUUUGUAACUAUCAUGUGCCUUAACCUUUUUCCAUGUUAGAUGAAAAUAAGUCUGUUUUCUAUGUUUUAUUGGUCUCUAACUGCGCUUUCUCUCUCUCUGGCUCCUCCCACUUUCACUCACUCUGUGUUCUCAAUGUAGUCUAGACUGGUGGUGGGUUUUGCCUUGUAUUACAUUGUAUUAUAAACUUUUAAAAGAUAGAGGUGUUAAAAGGGUUUGAUUAUAUAGUUGUUAAUGCUUUCCUAGCACUCAAGAACAAUGCCACAGUGACCGAAUGUAUUGUUAAUUUUACUAAUACCCAGAAGAGAGAAUUGCUCUUGUUAAAGAAAAAUACAGGUUUGUAGAGUAUCACUUUGGUGUGUUUUCAAUAAAUCAUGCCUGAAAUGAGUA